AUGUUCAUCCCGUUCCGUCGCAGUCGCACCGACGGCAAUUUCGAUCGUGAGUUAAUGUUACUUCGACUAUUUGCUGCUAUUUUAUGAAAACAACAAUUUAAUGAAUUUGCUGACUUACUUUUAAUGAAAGUAUACCUGGACUUUUUUCCAGCUUUCCUGUUUCUCCUAACACUUAAACCUAGUUUUAUAAGCUUAUAAAUUAAAGUAUGUAUUAUUAUAACGUCUUUUUCUUCGCUUUCCGUCGCAUAUAUCUCACUCGGCGGUUAAAAAGAGAGAAAAUGAAUGCAGCGACGGAAAAAAAAAACAAGAAAGUGUGAUAAAGAUAGAAAGAAAUUAGAGGCAUAUAGCACAAAGUAGUUUCUACGGCCUAUCGCAAACUGCGUGCAUAGCAACCAUCGUCAAGGCACUUUGGCCUGCGCCAGUAAUUCUCGCCGCCGAAACCCACUCACGGAGAACGGCAGAGAAAAGCAUGAUGAAGAAUCUUAAACGCGGCACUUGACACUACUCAUGUCAGGACAGAGGAGCGACGAUAUCGCAGAAGAUGUCGGCUCAAAAGGAUCGUUGGAGACGUCGUCGGAAUCCGCGACGUCGUCAGAAAGAGCUCCACGACUUGCUAGUCGGACAUCAGCUCCUUGGAUGCGUUCUCUGUCUCAGCCAGCGGCAUGGAAGCUUCAGCAGCAAAACCAGCCGUCUUCUAACCAAUGUGAGUCUGUCUUUUUCUUUUUUUUUUCUUUCAAGUAGUUUUCUCACGGUCAGCUUCAAUUAUAAAAGUUGCAACGCUGUCGAAAUUUUCCCAUAAGGGGUUUAGUUAGCCAGUUUAGAGGAGUUAUAACAAAUUAUGUCUAAGAAAUGCGCAUAGUGAGAUGAAAAGGUUCAAGAGCUAUAGAAAAAAAAACUCAAGUAUCCAUCUAUGAAAGGUGUCUCAUUUCCCAAAACCCAGAUCGCGUUUCGAACAAAAAAAUUUUCCAGACACACAAGUUAGCGACCACAACUGGACAUACAUAUACGAUUCGCACACGAUCGGGUAAUUACUUAGAAAACUCGUUUUCGACACUUUUUUCCCCUAGAAUUCCAAUAAAAGGAUUCGGCAACGUUCCAAUCGCUUCAUACGAAAACAUCGCGAAGAUGUGCGACAGACGACUCCAAAUCUGUUGUGUGACGUGGAAUAUCAACGAAAAAGCGCGGAAUCUAAUUGAUCACAGAUAACUCUGAGCUGUUUGCAGAACGUGAGAACGCUUGACCAUCUUGCGAAGGCUCUCAAAACUAUGAUGGAAGAUGAGACUCGUGGAGACCUCGUAACGAUCGCUUUGCAAGAGAUCCCGCCUUCCUCCAAGUGAACCCUCUUUUAUGAUCGAAAAUGCAGUCGAGUUGCAGAACGUUCCAUGAAGAUUCGCUGAAAAUUCUUGGACCAGCGCUUCGAACCCACAGUCUUUACUUUUCACAUCGUGCCUGGACCCAGAUGGUCAUGAUUUUCAUCCGCCGACAGCAUCUUCGUUUCGCUAUAGGUUGGAUUCUGUGAUUAAUCUAGUAAACGUACCUUUUAAUAUGUCUCGAAAAAUUUAAGCAGUAAUUUCAACUUUUAACGAAAAACAAACAUAAUGAAUUCACGCCAUCUGCAGAAAAGUCCAAAAAUAAAAAUUAAAAACUGCAUUAUUACCUUCUCCAUUUGGUAAAAAAUAAGUUUCGAAAAUUCUCAUUCAGAGCCACAAGUGACAUUCGUUCCCUCAGCGACGCUAGCAAAACCAGUGAGGACAAAAGGCGCCAUCGCGAUCUGUUUUCGAUUGUAUCAACGGUGGAUUGUAGUCCUUGGAGCCCACUUAUCCCGUAUUUAUUUCAAGGUUGAAAUAGAGUUAUUAAGAAAAACAUGAUUCAGACGCCACUUCUGGACAACGGGUACAAGACUACCAAAAGAUUUCCAAAGCCCUACGAUUCCCUACCUUAAAAAAGUUUCACGGGAGCGAAGGACUUUUCUCAGCAGACGUGACAAUUUCCGUUUGAACGAAAAUCUAAUGACCGAUUUAGGUGGUUCUGUGGACUGGGGACCUCAACUUUCGUUUCAACAGCGAUCCAGCAAUAGAUUGGCAAAAAGACCGUUGUUUAUCUUCGGAGUUGCAUGACAGCCUCAUGGAAAAAGACGAGCUGCAAAUAUUCCGCAGCAAAGGUGAAGCCUCUGUCAGAGAUUCAUUCCAAACGUUCCACUUCAGGGAUCGCUUUCAAAGAGUUUGCAGAGGCGCCGAUAAGGUUCCCACCCACGCACAAAUUUAUAGUCGAAAGCGAUGAAUAUGUGCCGAAAAGAAUUCCUUCCUACACGGUCAUCAUUGGCUGAUGGCGAAAUCAAGUAUUUCGUUCAGGACAGAGUGCUGUACUGGUCGCGCAACACGGAAUGGAUGCAACCGAGUUCCUACGACUCCAUCCGCGGACCGUCUCCUUCGGAUCACAGAGCCGUCUAUUGCAGCUUCUGGUGA